GUGCAGCUACAGCUAUGAAUUGGGCAGACGUCUUUCGGUUCUGUUUUUCCCUCUGUAACAUAGCACAGUUUACUUAGAUCACUGGUGCAAAGCAUGUACAAGACAUUCAUUUCUUAUUGUGUGUUUGGACAUGCAUCUGGGAGUUUAGAAGUCUAUAAUAUAGAGGCAGAAUAUCGAAGGUUGUGUGUGGCAGAGCUGUACGGAAAGAAAAAUUGAAAUCUCUGUCAGUGACGCCAUCUGAAAAAGCCCUAUCAACGAACAGUGGCUACAAAUAUAAGAUUACCAAAAUAAUUUUUAACCCAAGUAUUUCUUUGCUGGCUCGUAUUUUGUAAGCUGUCGAUGACACGAGCGCUAAUUUUGAGUGUUUAUUAAAAUGCAAUUUAUUAACUUCAAAGGGAAAUGGGAGUGGUCGGUUGCAGUGACGUCGCUGGCGGGAAGAGCGAAGCUGCUGGUUGUUGUGUUUCUGCUGUCUGCGCGCGAGCUGGAGCUGGAGUUUGGAAAUAGUCAGGGGAGAUUAAAAAAUAAUAAAAAAAAUAUUUGCCGGAGAUUUUUUUUACUUUGUGUUUCAAAAAGUUGUGUGACAGUUCUUUUUGUUGCCUGUUUGAAGUCAGAAAAAGGUGGGGCAUGCCUGCUGAGAGGAAACCGAUGCGAUACGGGCACACGGAGGGACACACAGAUGUCUGCUUUGACCACACAGGAAAGCACAUCGUGACCUGCGGCAGUGAUGGGGACGUCCGAAUCUGGGAGAGCCUGGAUGAUGAUGAUCCCAAAUCCAUCAAUGUGGGAGAAAAAGCCUAUUCCAUGGCCUUGAAGGAUGGGAGGCUGGUCACGGCGGUUUCCAACAACACGGUUCAGAUCCAUACUUUCCCUGAGGGGGCUCCAGACGGGAUCCUAACCCGCUUCACCACCAACGCAAACCAUGUGGUGUUCAGUGAGAGCGGCACGCACGUGGCUGCCGGUUCCAGUGACUUCAUGGUGAAAGUGAUCAAGGUGUCCGACAGCAGUCAGCAGAAGACCCUACGAGGGCACGACGCCCCUGUCCUGAGUGUUGCUAUCGACCCCAAGGAUGUCUACCUGGCUUCUUCAAGCUGUGAUGGCUCUGUUGCUGUCUGGAAAAUCUCAGAGCAGACUCAGGUGAUCAGCUGGAACGUGUUGCAGAAGUCCAGUGACGUGAGCAACGCCAAAUCGAUCUGUCGCCUGACCUGGCAGCCCUCCAAUGGAAAGCUGCUGGCUGUUCCUGUGGACAAGGCUGUGCAGCUGUAUGAGAGAGACUCCUGGAACAAUGUGUUUAAUCUUUCAGAUGACUUCAUCACUCAGCCUGUAAAUGUGGUCUCCUGGUCUUCGUGUGGGAAGUUCCUGGCUGCAGGGAGUGUUGGUGGCUUCGUGACUGUGUGGAACGUGGAGACUAAGGAAUGCCUGGAGAGGGCAAAGCAUGAGAAAGGCUACACGGUGUGUGGUCUGGUUUGGCACCCGAAUGGAAGUCAGAUUGCAUAUACCGAUACCGAGGGCUGCCUGGGUCUGCUGGACGGGUUGUCUCCUGGCACGGCAAAGACUUCUACGACCGCUGCUGCUGCUGGCAAGGAAGUGAAGGAUUAUGACGACCUGUUUGACGGAGACGAUGAUGGGCUACUGGAAGAGGACCCGAGUGAGACCCGCUCGCCCCCGAAACACCCCCUCCUGGAUGACGAGGAUGAAGACGACCUCAUGCCCUCACUCAGCCGCCCCCGGAAACGCGGGGCCAUUCUAGAGGAUGAUAACUCUAUGGAUGUGGGCUCCCUAAAGCUUGGCGUGGGGAAGGACGUGGAGGAUGAUGACAGUGCCAGCAUGGUUCAGCUUGCUCCUGAAUCCUCUGCACUCCGGCCAGCCUACGAGGGCCCCCUGCCCACCCCCCGGCAGAAACCCUUCCAGACCGCCUCCACACCUGUGCACCUCAUGCACCGAUUCCUGGUGUGGAACUCAGUGGGGAUCGUGCGGUGCUACAAUGACGAGCAGGACAAUGCCAUCGAUGUGGAGUUUCAUGACACCUCUGUGCAUCACACUAUGCAUCUCACCAACAGCCUGGGACACAUGCUGGCAGACCUGUCCCAGGAGGCUGUGCUGCUGGCCUGCGAGGGCACAGACGAGCUUGCCAGCAAGUUACAGUGCCUCCACUUCAGCUCGUGGGACACUAACAAGGAGUGGAUGGUGGACAUGCCGAAGGAGGAGGAUGUGCAGGCGCUGUGUCUGGGCCAGGGCUGGGCUGCAGCUGCUACCAGCGCCUUGCUGGUGCGGAUCUUCUCCAUGGGCGGCGUGCAGAGAGAGAUCUUCAGCCUGCCGGGGCCCGUAGUCUGCAUGUCUGCGCACGGGGAGCAGCUGAUGAUAGUCUACCACAGAGGCACAGGGUUCGAUGGCGACCAGUCCUUGGGAGUUCAGCUGCUGCAGUUUGGGAUGAGGAGACGACAGAUUCUGCAUGGGGACCCUCUCCCCCUCUCCAAGAAAUCACACUUAGCCUGGCUCGGCUUCUCUGCUGAAGGCACCCCAUGUUAUGUGGACUCGGAGGGGGUGGUGUACAUGUUAAACCGGUCCCUGGGAAACACGUGGACACCUGUGUGUAACACUAGGGAGCACUGCAAGGGCAAAUCGGACCAUUACUGGGUGGUGGGAAUCCACGAGAACCCACAGCAGCUCAGGUGUAUCCCCUGUAAAGGUGCCCGGUUCCCCGCCACGCUGCCUCGCCCUGCUAUCGCCAUCCUGCCCUUCAAGCUGCCGUACUGUCAGAUCACUACGGAGAAGGGGCAGAUGGAGGAGCAGUUCUGGCGCUCCAUGCUCUUUCACAAUCACUUUGACUUCCUGGAUGCGAGCGGGUACGAGUUUGACGAGGCUGGAAAGAGCCUGGUGCAGAAAGAACAGCAGGAGCUGCUCAUGAAGAUGUUUGCACUGUCGUGUAAGCUGGAGCGGGAGUUCCGCUGUGUGGAGCUGGCGGAGUUGAUGACUCAGAGUGUGGUGACUCUGGCUAUCCGCUACGCCUCGCGCUCCAAGCGAAUGGCGCUCGCUCAGAGACUCAACGAGCUUGCCCUGGAGAAGGCAGCUGAGAUCACUGCCCAGCAACAGGAAGAGGAGGAGCAAGAGGACUUCCGCAGCCGUCUGAAUGCAGGUUACAGCAGGACUGACUCAGAAUGGAGUCAGCCUCGAGAUAGGAACCAGAAGGGGCCGCAGCAGCCUCGUGAGGAGGAGGAGGAGGAGGAGGAAGAGGAGGAGGAUGCAGCAGUUGAGGAAGAGACACCCGAGUGUGAGAUGAUGGAGGCGGACGAAGUUCCAGAGACAAAGAAACAGAGGCUGAAUCCCUUCGGAAAAGGCACGAGUUCACCUGAAAAGCCAGCUCCAAAGCCUGUGCUCAUGGCCACCAAAGAAGGACGAGUCAACCCUUUUAAGGUCGCGGGUGCUGUGAAGUCCCCUGGCUUCACUGCUGGACAGCCCCGCACAGCAAACAUCCUGGACAACAUGGCAAAAUCCAGCAAGAAGCCGUCUGCCCCAGGCGGCCAGGCAGCCAGCAAACAGAAAUCCCCUGUGCUGAAGCCUCUGCUGCCCAAACCGAAGUCCAAGACGCAGGCCACAUUAUUCCAGAUGGGUCCUAAAACUGCAAGUAAAAAGACAGAAGAAAAACCAAGCAAAGAGGAAAAGGAGAGCAGAGUUCAAUCAGAGAAUCCUGUCCAUGCUGCUGCUGAAAACACAGAAAAUAGAAAGCCAAAGACGGGCUUCCAGCUGUGGCUAGAGGAGAACCGGAAGGGGAUUCUGGCGGAUCAUCCCGAUCUGGACGAGGCUGAAAUCAUCAAGGAGGGAAUGGGCCGCUUCCGGGCGCUGUCUGCCAAAGACAGGCUGUCCUUGACAGAGAAGGCGAAAGGAGGAGCUGUGGAAGACUGUGCCGAGGUGAAGAAGAGAAAGCGAUUCGAGGGAGAAGAUGGAGAGGUGCCGGUGAACGAGACCGCUGAAGGGGAAGCAAAUUUGUCCAAGAAAAAGAAACCACUAGACACUUCCUCCAAGCUCUCUGCGUUUGCAUUCAGCAAGGACUGAGUUGCUUGGACUGCUCUGGAGAGUUAAGUGUCAGAAGAAAUCUGUUGACACUUCAUUUUUAAAAGUGUUGUUUCCCAGUUGGAUCAUCUUUUUGAUGGCUUAAGUGUCUCACAGCUUUGUUUUAUUUUGAUUCGUCCCCAUGCUGAACAAAUGUUGGAUAUAAAGCACUUGCACUGAUAUUAAUGGGAUUCAAAUUUUCAGAUUUCAAAAUGUUUUUGGUUUUUUUUGGCUUUUUGGUCUGGUGGCUUUGUAGUUUUUGAACUAUAGUCAUGUUAUACUCAAAAUCCAGGAAUAAGCAGACAUAGUAACACUGCACACAAUUAGGCCAGUUUGUGUUCUAGUUGAGAACUCCUGGCUGCUCGUGUGUUCCAAACGACAAUCCGUUUGCGGAAGGUGGAUAGAACAUUGCGGGGGACAAUGGUUGUGAUUUUUUUUGCAGGUUCCUCUCCAGUGUCUUGGUUUGAUUUUGAAGGGACAUUUCCUGUUAAUCACCUGCUACCUCAGCCAUACUUCCACAUUACUGUUUGUUAAAAACAGUGUUGUUUCUCCCGCUGUUUUUCUUUUAAAAGCGCUGCAAUUUAAAGUAGGGUAAAAAUGUGAUGCUGUUAGUAUCUAAAAUAUCUCUCUUGUCCAUGUUUUGAUAUUACACCAAAGUGUGAAUCAUCAUGUUUUGUAUUUGUAGUUUUUAAGUGUUCUAAAAUAAUAAUAAUAAUAAUAAAAUAUCAUGCUGUCCUUUUUUUGUAAAGGCUGUUAGAAAAAGAAAAAAAACAAGUUAUGCUUAGUAACUAAAUAAAACAAUCUGCUUCUAGAAGCUGAAUUUCUGAUGUGAGAUAGCUUGGUAAAGGACCACUAGAGGUGUACAGCUGUAGAGGUCUGUCCCCUGUGAAACUGAUUUUUUUUAUAUUUACAAACUCGCUGAACCCCGUUUGCAAAUUACAGUUGCGCACCCCAAGUGUUUGUUUCUCAAACCACCUCACUAGAGAAAUUCAGCCUCUAGGGUUCUUUUCAAAAGCAGCAUGUGUGGUGAGAAAAAAAAAACAGCCUUAUUUAAACUUGAUAAAAGCAAACAACACUACAGAUAAUUAUGCAGGUGGUAUAUAAAAUAAGUCAUUUUAAUGGGUUCAUAUCAUUUUGUUUUUAACUGAUCAAAGAGCAGUGUGCUGCCCUCGGUGGCGAUGCACUGCAGUGUGGGUUUUUUGAGGUUAGUCAAACAUCAGCGACGAGCAGCUCUCCACUAUCAGUGAGGUUGUUAAGCUUUCUAAACCGAGGCGUGUGUGGGCUCACUUCCCUCAGGACGCCCAUUGGCUUGACCCUGUUGCUAUUUAAGUCAUAGCCUUGUUCUGUUGUGUGGCUGGUCCACUGAUGUAUAGAUAGACACCACCUGACAUAUACCCGGCUUAAAUUCAAGGUAACAUUUUAAUGCAAGUAUACAGCACUGCACAAGAAACACUAGUGUUUUUUGCAUUGCUGUUGUGCUAUAAUUUUACUGGAAAUGUAUACAAGUAAUGAUGCAGGGAAACAUGGUGACCGUGUUGCUCCAGAACACAUAGCUGCUAGUGUCCUUUAGUUUACAGCUGUAGACGUCUGAGAAUUGUGAAUGAGUUCCAAAGUUCAAGACAGGGUAAAAAUGACAAGGCACUUUCUCUUGCAUUUUUACGUUUUACUGACAAUGAGUAGUAUGUUGGCUACAAGUUGUGUAACAGUUUAUAAUAUUGUGUAAAAGAAAGUUUGAAUAUUUUUCUAUUAAAAUCUGGUCCAGGUAUACCAUUAUCAAGAUUUAAAAUGAGUUGAUGUGACAAGUUAACGACAUCAGUGAGUGUUUACGAUAGUGACCAUCUUGUUCCAGAAAAAGAGAUUAUAGGAAUUAUAUAAUAUAUACUUAGCCUAUUAAAUACUGUUAGUUAAUUAGACUUGGUGUUUUACAAAGUGCCAGGCACUGCCAGUCCCUCUGCUCAUUUUGCUUCCUAAAGUCAUACGAAACCUGAAUAAUGUCACGUUAACAUAUUGAAUUACAUACCACUUUGUAGUUUUCCACAUACUUCACGAAAAACUGACAAUAAUUGAAAAAUGACAUUUUGAACAUGAAAUACUGUACUAUUAAACUUCUGGUAGGCUUUUGCAAUAAAUAAAAUAUCUAAAUUAUUUGGAACUAGGGGUGCUGGGAGUGAUGCUAAACUUUUGGCUAUAGCUGUACACUUAAAUUAAUUCAUAUUCUACAUACUUGUAAUCCUGCUAUUUCUAAAUCAAAUCAUGAUUCCUUAUCUAGGUGAAAUAAGAUGAGACCUGCAUGAUCCCAAUCCAGUGGUACUGAAGAUUCUUUAUAAAUGAGCAGCAGUGCUUAGAUCACAAACUACUACUAAUGUACUUUAAAAUGGUUAUUACUGUGUAUGUAAGGGUAGCAAUUUCAUUAGUUGUACUCUUAUAUGAAAUUCUGAUGUAAUAAAAUGAUAAAAUGACAAUU